AUGGGGGCCUCAGGAGGCUUAGCAAUCAUCUGGGAUCCUAGAUUCUCCUCAUUUUCACCAUUAGAGAUAAAACAGAAUUGGAGAGGUGGAAUAGUAGCAAGCUAUAACAACAAGAUAAGAUUUAAUCUGAUCAACGUUUAUGGUCCUAUCCAGAAUAAGGACAAAGCCCAGGUUUGGUUGAAACUUGAGGCCUUCCUUGGUAAUCAUCCGAACGAAGUCUGUAUCAUUGGCAGAGAUUUCAACACCGUCGCUAAGGUAGAAGACAAAAGGGGAGGCAGUAUCAAGCUCCCCCCAGCGGCUGUAGACUUCAAUAGUUGGAUCAAUAGGAACUCUCUACUGGAAAUCCAGACGGUAGAGAAUGCCUUUACAUGGAAUAAUAGAAGGAUAGGUUUUUGCAAUAUUGUAGAAAAACUUGAUAGAUUUUUUAUCCAUGGAGGGAUUUCGGAGCUCAAUUACACCAUGGAAGCAGAGAUCCUACCUUUACCUGGCUCUGCCCACUUCCCACUUCAACUUAACAUCUUGAUAGUCCACUCUCCUAGAAAUUGCCCCUUCAAAUUUGAAAGCAUGUGGUUCAGAGAUGACAACAUCAUCAACCCAAUUGGACAUUGGUGGAACAGUUUAGUUUUCUCAGGCUCGAAAAUGUUUAUUGUGGCAAACAAGCUGAAGCUUAUCAAGAGGAAGCUUUUGGAGUGGAAUAGGGAAAACUUUGGUAACAUCUUUGAUAAGAAACUCUUAAUAGAAAAAGGAUCUUAA